CCCCCCCUCCCCGCGGUGGCCUCCUGCCUGCUGGCCGCUCUCUCCUCCUCUGCUGCCACCCGCUCUCUGUGCUGGACAUGGCUGGCAAGGCACACAGACUGAGUGCUGAGGAGCGGGACCAGCUGCUGCCAAAUCUGAGGGCUGUGGGAUGGAAUGAACUGGAAGGUCGAGAUGCCAUCUUCAAGCAGUUCCAUUUUAAAGACUUCAAUAGGGCUUUUGGAUUCAUGACAAGAGUUGCCCUGCAGGCUGAAAAGCUGGACCACCAUCCUGAGUGGUUUAAUGUUUACAACAAGGUCCAUAUCACCUUGAGCACACAUGAGUGUGCUGGUCUUUCAGAACGGGACAUAAAUCUGGCCAGCUUCAUCGAACAAGUCGCCGUGUCUAUGACAUAGACCCACGCUGUUUUGUAUUUCCUGGGGGGUAGGGGGUGAGUGAAUGAGGGACCUAGGGAGGAAACCAAGGAGGCUGGCCCUCAGCAAGGUGUCAGUGUCAAAAGAAAAAAAAAGAAA